CCGCGUUAAUAUAGUAGUAAAAUAAUAAAGAACAGUGAAUCAAAUGUGCAAAGGUGCCUUCCUUAAUAAAUAUUCCAGCAAAGAAUCUUAUCUCCAUCUGGAAAAUCAUAUUACAAUUCGAAGAAGACGCAAAAAAAGAUGUCUACGGGUAUGGGGAAUUUCUUACGGAAGUUGGGAAGUGGUAAAAGCAAAAGCAGUAGAAGUUUUAGGGGACAGAGAACAACGUCGUCUUCUGUAUCUAAUGAUGGACCAUCACCUUCGCAUGCAUCAGUCUCUGUUUCCGACAAGAUCAACGCUGCCAAGAAGAAGUAUGCACUCAUCCCUGAUCGUUUCUCUUCCCUCGACCAGGUAUCAAAAGCUCUAAAAGAAGCUGGUCUUGAAUCAUCAAAUCUCAUUCUUGGAAUUGAUUUCACAAAGAGCAACGAAUGGACUGGGAAAACAUCUUUCAAUGGAAAAUGUCUGCACGAUCUUGGAGAAACUCCAAAUCCAUAUGAAAAGGCAAUAUUUGUAAUAGGCCAAACGUUGGCUCCUUUCGAUGAAGACAACCUCAUCCCAUGUUUCGGCUUUGGUGACUCAACAACACAUGACGAGGAAGUGUUUGGUUUCCACAGCGAUAACUCUCCAUGUCAUGGCUUUGAAGAGGUUUUAGCAUGUUACAGAAGAAUCGCACCUAACUUGCGUUUAUCAGGGCCAACGUCGUAUGGACCGCUUAUUGAUGCUGCGGUCGACAUUGUUGAAAAAAACAACGGACAGUUUCAUGUUCUAGUGAUUGUCGCUGAUGGUCAGGUAACAAGAGGUUUGGAUAUGCCUGAGGGAGAACUCAGUCAACAAGAGAAAACAACUAUUGACGCCAUUGUAAACGCAAGCUCAUAUGCUUUGUCGAUUGUUUUAAUCGGUGUUGGAGACGGUCCAUGGGAAGACAUGAGGAAGUUUGAUGACAAGAUCCCUAAGCGUGAGUUCGAUAACUUUCAGUUUGUCAACUUUACUGAGAUCAUGAAGAGAGACUCAACAGCGUCUGCCAAAGAAACUGCAUUUGCUCUUGCUGCUUUGAUGGAGAUUCCCUUUCAGUAUCAAGCAGCGAUUGAACUCGGCUUGCUCGGGAAAACGACGGGCUUAGCCAAGAGAAUAAACCCGAGGCCACCACCUAUUCCGUACACACCUCCAGCUCGCACUGGACAACAAUCAUCAGACUCGGACGAACAAACACAGAACUGCCCUAUUUGUCUGACUAACCGAAAAGACGUGGCAUUUGGCUGUGGUCACAUGACUUGUGGAGAUUGCGGAUCCAGGAUAUCAAACUGUCCCAUCUGCAGAGUACUGAUCACAAGCCGGUUAAGGCUUUACACGUGAUCUCAGUGCCUUUGAACAUAACUAAACCCUUGCACAUACUAUCUCCGGUUUACCAAGUGUCUCUGACAUUGUUCCAGAAUCAGCUUGUACCUCUAAACUUCCUAUGUUCUAUAAAUGUUAAAACUUGCGAACAAGAAUGACUAAGCAAUGUACAAAACAUGGGGUUUUACAUCUUUAUUCACUGUCACAAAAAUGUUUGAAGUGACUGAAUCUUGCACAAGUUUGAUAACCACGAAGCGUGCCAGAUUCAAACAUAAAUGAAAUAAACAUUAACGGCCAAUAGAAAUGCCCAUCUUGGCAUCCAUUACAAAAGCUCUUUCUAAGAAGUGAUCAUUACUGAGGUUUGGUUGUGACCGUGUCAUUUGGCUUUGGCACUGGUUGAAUUCUUUGGUAAGGCUUCCUGGUAAGAGUCUCUCCCCUUAGAGCAGCCACGUAUCUGUCGUUGGUAUCCUGCUUCUGUUUCAACUCACCGAGGUAUUCAGCUAGCCUCUCCUGGUUUACUUUACCCAUCAUCUGACCAAUACAUUGCAGAAAUAUGUUGCUCAUCAGCAGAAAAUUAACACAAAAGUUUGAAAAUUUCACUAUGACAAGCUACCAUCAACCUCAAGAAAACAAAACAUGUAACCUUCAUGCUUAACAAAUCAACCGUCUAGAUUAUUAACAUACGGCUAUGAUCAAGAAAUUCCAACAGACUCGAAACUGUUAAGCGGAGUAAGAAACUCAG